CGCAGAAAAAAAUAACAUCAUAUGAUGUUGGUCGCAUGGUAUUGUGAAAAACCACUUGUUAGUUGCAGAGGGUUAUUCGGUGAGAAGAACAACCAUAAUGGAGUUCUGGUUGAUUUCGGUUCCUCUGGAUAAAAUCAGCUGUCAGUCUUUAGAGAAACUCAAACGGAUCUCAGCCAAAACAGGUCUGGCCACAAGCUCCAGAUUCCAUAUCCCAGAGCUGAAGGUAGGAACACUGGAUGUGCUGCUGGGCGUCUCUGAUGACCUGUCCAGACUGGACUCUUACACAGAGGGUGUGAUGCGUCAGACCUCUCAGUGUUUGGGUGAGGUGAUGGAAGAGUUCAGUGGAAAACUCCUGGAGAGCAUGCUGGCCAACGGAGAGCACAGGACUCACCAGAAAGAUCGACAGUCACCGUUAAAAUCGUACUUUCAGACUAUACAAGUGGAUUUGGCAACAUAUGUGACCAGGUUUCAAUGGGACAGAGCGAAAUAUCCCAGUGCACAGCCUCUGAAAACCCUUGCUGACAUCAUCUCCAAACAAGUUUCUCAGGUGGACACCGAGUUGAAAUCACGCAGAGCAGCUUACAGUCACGUGAAAGCCAGUAUUCAAAGCUUUGAGCGAAAAACUGAGGGAAGCUUGCAGACCCGUGCAUUGACCAAUAUUGUGAAAAAGGAGGACUUGGUUUUGAAUUCAGAGUACCUCACAACACUACUAGUUGUGGUGCCCAGAACGGCAUAUGCACUAUGGGAGAAGACAUAUGAGUCGAUGUCAAAAUUUGUGGUUCCUCGUUCCAGCCGGAAGUUGAUUGAGGAUGCAGAUGCAGGGAUUUUCACAGUUACCCUGUUUAAGAAUGUCAUUGCCGAAUUCAAAACCAAUGCCAAAAAGCACAAGUUUACAGUGCGGGAAUUUAACCUGGAUGAGGCCGAGAAGCAGAAGCAAGAGAUAGGCCGUCUUGCUUUGGAUAAGAAAGAACUAUAUAGAACAUUUGUGUGUUGGCUGAAGGUAAACUUUAGCGAGAUCUUUGUGGCCUGGAUUCACAUCAAGGUCCUCCGUACAUUUGUUGAGUCAAUUCUCAGGUACGGUCUGCCGGUCAGUUUCCAAGCUAUUUUGCUACAGCCCAGUAAGAAGAGUAUGAAGCAGUUAAGGCAGCAGCUCAACUCUUUAUUCAAACACCUCGACCCAGCAACAGCGACCAGUAAACCAGAUGUGGGGCUUGAUAUCCCAGAUGGAAGUACCGGCCAGCAGGAAUAUUACUCCUACAUCUGUUAUCCUAUCAAAAUUCACUUGGUGGAUCCAAGUUAGUGCUAAAUCAGGGGUGGCGAACAUCAGUCCUGGAGAGCCGCAGUCCUGCAUAGUUUUGUUUCAACCCUAAUCAAACGCACCUGAACAAGCUAAUCAAGGUCUGAAGGUUUACUAGACAGCA